UGAAUACACUGUCAGGAGCAUCUUUGUCUAACCUCUCGUCCCAAGCGCAUCUGAAUCCAGAACAUAAGAGCAGAGGAACUGAACAUCUUGGAAGCAUUGACUUUAAAAUAAAACAAUCGUUUUAACAUUGUUAUAGCUGUAUCAUAAUACCUUAUUGACAGUCAGAGUAAAGUGUAAAUCAUUUUAAACAUUUGGCUGCAGACUAUGGGGCGGCUGCUGUGCGUGCUGUGGGUGUUCCUGGCUUGCUGUGUUGUCCAAACAAACGCAGAGACAAUAUGCGGGACCAGGCAGUUCCUGUGUGGGAACGGGAAGUGCAUUACGCUGAGAUGGGUGUGUGACGACACAGAUGAUUGUGGAGAUGGAACUGACGAGCUCCCCGGAACCUGCUUGGCCAGAACAUGCGGAACCACAGAGUUCAGCUGUGGUGGACAUUUGAACCAGUGUGUUCCCAGUACCUGGCUCUGUGACGGCAAAGCAGACUGUGAGAAUGGAGCUGAUGAGGAGAGCUGUGCGCCCAAGCACUGCGCAGAUAACAAAUUCCACUGCAGUAACAGCCAGUGUGUGUCGGCCUCUUUUGUGUGUGAUGAGGAGUUGGACUGUGAUGACGGGAGCGACGAGGCUUCCUGCCCAUCCACCACCUGUAGCUCCACCUCCUUCCAGUGCAACAACUCUGUGUGUGUGCCGCGCCUGUGGGCCUGCGACGGAGACGCUGACUGCUCGGAUGGCUCCGACGAGUGGCCCCAGAACUGUGGGACGCGAGCCCCUGGGGGUGCCCCCAAGCCCUGCUCCCUUCGGGAGUUCCAAUGUGGCAGCGGGGAGUGUAUCCACAGCAGCUGGAAAUGUGAUGGAGGAUUCGACUGCCUGGAUCGCUCUGACGAGACCAACUGUAGCCGCCUCACCUGCCGCCCCGAUGAGUUCCAAUGCGGUGAUGGCACCUGUAUCCACGGCGGUCGCCAAUGUAACCGCCAGUACGACUGCAGAGACUUGAGUGACGAAAUGGGCUGUGUCAAUGUGAGCCAUUGCAAGGGUCCCACCAGGUUUAAGUGCCGUAGUGGGGAGUGCAUCAGUAUGGAGAAGGUGUGUGACAAGCAGCGUGACUGCAGGGACUGGUCAGAUGAGCCUCUCAGAGAGUGUGAUUCCAACGAGUGCCUGUACAACAAUGGCGGCUGCUCACACAUCUGCAAUGACCUGAAGAUCGGCUAUGAGUGCCAAUGCCCCACCGGCUACUACCUGACGGACAAGAAACGCUGUGAAGAUAUCGAUGAGUGUGCCAACCCAGAUAUCUGCAGCCAGAUCUGUGUCAAUCAUAUGGGCAGCUACAAGUGUGAGUGUGAGGAGGGCUACCAGGUCGACCCAGCCACUAAAGCCUGCAAGGCCAUCGGCACUGUAGCCUAUCUGUUCUUCACCAAUCGCCAUGAGGUGAGGAAGAUGACACUGGACAAGAGUGAGUACACGCGUGUCAUCCCCCACCUAAAGAAUGCAGUGGCUCUGGACAUGGACAUGGUUGCCAAGGAGAUUUACUGGUCUGACCUCUCCCAGAAGAAGAUCUACAGCACCUCAAUGGACUUGGCUGCAGACACAGCGCAACACAAAGUUGUGAUUGACAGCGACAUCGAAGCUCCGGAGGGCAUUGCCUUUGACUGGGUCCACGGCAACAUCUACUGGACCGACAGUAUCCGCAGCAGCAUCUCCGUGUCAACCGCCAACGGGAGCCGCCGCAAGACUCUCUUCCGGAAUGACCUGGCCAAACCCCGUGCUAUUGUGGUCGACCCCCACAGCAAUUUCAUGUACUGGACUGACUGGGGAACUCCAGCCAAGAUUGAGAAGGGAGGUCUGAACGGAGGAGACCGUGCUGCUCUGGUCACAGACGACAUUGUGUGGCCCAAUGGAAUCACCCUUGACCUGCUGAACCAGCGGCUGUACUGGGUGGACUCCAAGCUGCACACCCUCUCCAGUAUCAACGUACAGGGUGGCGGCCGAAGGACACUCAUUAUAGAUGAACACAGGCUAGCCCAUCCCCUAGGCAUCACUGUGUUUGAGGAAAGAGUGUUUUGGACAGAUGUCAGCAACAAUGCCAUUCUGAGUGCCAACCGUGUGACAGGCAGGGACAUCAAGCCUGUGGCAGAGCACCUGGUAUCCCCAGAGGACAUUGUGUUGUACCACAACCUCAAACAGCCAACUGGCAGGGACUGGUGCAAGGUGGCCAACGGAGGCUGUGAGUUCAUGUGUCUGGCAGCCCCCCAGGUGGGCCUACAUUCCCCCAAGUACACCUGUGCAUGCCCUGACAACAUGCUUCUGGCCAAAGACAUGAGGAAAUGUGUACCAGCUGCACCAACACCUGCAGCUCCAGUCAAGCCCAUUGUUCCCGCCUCCAACCCCCCACCGGCACCCGUUCGCACCUCCACUGCACCUCCAGCCCGCACCACCACUAAGGCCCCCAUCAUCACUACCACAGUUACGCCUGCGCCUCCCCGCACUACCAAGCCUGUGCCACGCAAACCCCAGCCUGCCCAGCCAGAUAGACCCAGGAUCCCCCAGGCCCAGACUACCACAGUGCCUCAAGUCACCACUCAGGACAUCCGCCAUGAAUUUGCUGCUAUACCCACAGCCCCUUCAACCCCUGCAGCUUUAUACAUCGGGCUGCCUAUAGCCAUUGUGUGUCUGGUGGCCUUUGGUGCCGUGCUGCUGUGGAGGAACUACAGGCUGAAGAACACCAACACCAUUCACUUUGAAAACCCAGUCUACCAGAAGACCACUGAAGACCAGGUGCACAUAUGCAGGAGCCACAGUCCAGACGGCUACUCCUACCCACCGAGACAGAUUGUGAGUCUUGAUGAUGAGGCUUGACCAUAGUGCUGCCGUUCCCUGCCAACACAAAUGCUUUAAGAGGAGAGAGCAGAGGAGUAAGAGAAACAUUUUAUAUAAGCUACCUGGACAAUCUUAUUUAAUUUUUUUAACCUCAAAGACAUAAGAAGGCAGAGAAAGUGUCAUACCGCUGACCAAACCACUGUGUGCUCAAAGACAAAUGGAAGCUCUGGAAAGAAAAGCAGGAAAAGGAGGAAGAUUUCUCAUUCAUGUGUCUUUCUUGCCCAUUUGUGCACAAUCCAGAGCCAUAAGAGACCAUCAACUCAUCUCCACCAAGCUUGAGUUUUAUUGGCUCAUUCUACACCAUAGUAUUUUUCUCAGAGACUAUUUGUCUGAACUGUGAAAUGUCCUACAAAUAGAAGACUGUUCAGAAGUUGAACCCCAUUAUGAAAGAACAGUAAUGUAAUUGUAAUAUUUGAGUGUUUUGUGUUUGUGAAGAAGUGCCCUUGAUAUAUGAGGUGACUGCAACUUUAUUUAACAGCACUUAGAAUUGAGAAAAAUCUCUCUUUCUUGUUACGUACAGUAGGGAGAACAAGUAUUUGAUACACUGACGAUUUUGCAGAUUUCCCUACUUACAAAGCAUGUAGAGGUCUGUCAUUUUUUUAUCAUAGGUACACUUCAACUGUGAGAGACGGAAUCUAAAACAAAAAUCCAGAAAAUCACAUUGUUUGAUUUUUAAGUAAUUAAUUUGCAUUUCAUUGCAUGACAUAAGUAUUUGAUCACCUACCAACCAGUAAGAAUUCUGGCUCUCACAGACCUGUUAGUUUUUCUUUAAGAAGCCCUCCUGUUCUCCACUCAUUACCUGUAUUAACUGCACCGGUUUGAACUCGUUACCUGUAUAAAAGACACCUGUCCACACAUUCAAUCAAACAGACUUCAACCUCUCCACAAUGGCCAAGACCAGACAGCUGUGUAAGGACAUCAGGGAUAAAUUGUAGACCUGCACAAGGCUGGGAUGGGCUACAGGACAAUAGGCAAGCAGCUUGGUGAGAAGGCAACAACUGUUGGCGCAAUUAUUAGAAAAUGGAAGAAGUUCAAGAUGGCGGUUAAUCACCCUCGGUCUGGGGCUCCAUGCAAGAUCUCACCUCGUGGGGCAUCAACGAUCAUGAGGAAGGUGAGGGAUCAGCCCAGAACUACACGGCAGGACCUGGUCAAUGAACAGAAGAGAGCUGGGACCACAGUCUCAAAGCAAACCAUUAGUAACACACAACGCUGUCAUGGAUUAAAAUCCUAUAGCGCACGCAAGGUCCCCCUGCUCAAGCCAGCGCAUGUCCAGGCUCGUCCGAAGUUUGCCAAUGACCAUCUGGAUGAUCCAGAGGAGGAAUGGGAGAAGGUCAUGUGGUCUGAUGAGACAAAAAUAGAGCUUUUUGGUCUAAACUCCACUCGCCGUGUUUGGAGGAAGAAGAAGGAUGAGUACAACCCCAAGAAUACCAUCCCAACCGUGAAGCAUGGAGGUGGAAACAUCAUUCUUUGGGGAUGCUUUUCUGCAAGGGGGACAGGACGACUGCACCGUAUUGAGGGGAGGAUGGAUGGGGCCAUGUAUCGCGAGAUCUUGGCCAACAACCUCCUUCCCUCAGUAAGAGCAUUGAAGAUGGGUCGUGGCUGGGUCUUCCAGCAUGACAACGACCCGAAACACACAGCCAGGCUCCGUAAGAAGCAUCUCAAGGUCCUGGAGUGGCUUAGCCAGUCUCCAGACCUGAACCCAAUAGAAAAUCUUUGGAGGGAGCUGAAAGUCCGUAUUGCCCAGCGACAGCUCUGAAACCUGAAGGAUCUGGAGAAGGUCUGUAUGGAAGAGUGGACCAAAAUCCCUGCUGCAGUGUGUGCAAACCUGGUCAAGAACUACAGGAAACAUAUGAUCUCUGUAAUUGCAAACAAAGGUUUCUGUACCAAAUAUUAAGUUCUGCUUUUCUGAUGUAUCAAAUACUUAUGUCAUGCAAUAAAAUGCAAAUUAAUUACUUAAAAAUCAUACAAUGUGAUUUUCUGGAUUUUUGUUUUAUAUUCAGUCUCUCACAGUUGAAGUGUACCUAUGAUACAAAUUACAGACCUCUCUACAUGCUUUGUAAGUAGGAAAACCUGCAAAAUCGGCAGUGUAUCAAAUACUUGUUCUCCCCACUGUAGAAUUCAGAAAUUAGGUAUUGUAAAUAACGUAGGUAUUUAUUUUACUUAUGUCCGAGACUGACAAAAUGUUGAGAAAUAAUGAGCAGAUCAUAUCAUUUACUAUGUCUAGACUCAUUUCUUUGUUGCUGAAUUGUUUUAAUAUCAAAACCUGACUUAAACUAACACCUGAGCCACUUGUUGAAAUGAAACCCUUUGAUAGUGAAUGUUGUCUUGAAUUCUAUACAUGAGCCAAUUUAACCUCUAUAACAUCACCAGACAGGGACAAAGUCAAAUCAUAGCUUUUUAUACCAAUUGUCCACAUUGCCUCACUAGUGGAGCACUAUCCAAAUGGGUGGUUAAACCCACUGACACUUAUACUGUAUGUCUAUGUGCCUUUGGUAACACUAUUGCUGUCAAUUUCCCUAAUAUGGUGUUUAAUUGCAAGCCAAGACAGUAGAUUUAGGACAGUCUGUCUGAGAUGUAUCUUUCUCAUUUUCUCCCUUGUCUAACUUUCUGUCAUCCACUCAUUCUCAAGCUUCCUGUCCAACUGUGUGAGAGCAGUAUAUAAUUGUGUAAUUCUUCUAUGACAGAAAGCCUUUAAAAAAUGGUUUACGGGACCAUGUCCCCAUAGCAGAACCUUUUGAAGAACCCUUUUGGGUUCCAGGUAUAACCCUUUCCACAGAGGGUUAUAUGUGGAAUCCAAAAGGGUUCUACCUGGAACCAAAAAUGGUUCUACUAUGGGGACAGCUGAACCAUUUUCAAACCCUUUUUUCUAAGAGUGUAGCAUAUCAUGUCUUCAUUCAGGUUCAGAAACAUAAGUUUCCUUUCAAUGGUUUUCACAGAAUUGUUUACUGGAGAGAGAUAUUUAUUUGACUAAGUAAAAACUGAUUAUGACAGUUCUAGGUACUGAAAUAGAAGCCAUCCAAGUGCAUUAUAUAUCAUGCUGCUAACCUUUUAACCAGAUGAUUUAUUCAAAUACUCAUGAUAGUGUUGAGGUGGCUUUAGACCACAAUGUUUGACACCUCUUUCUCUGAGGUCAGAGUGAAAUGAAUGUGUCUAACUGUUUACAAUGAAAUGUGUUUGACCUUGAGGAUGUCACAGUGUUACAGGUAUUAGACAGACAGAGAGUUUGGGUAAUUAUAUAUGGCCUAAGUCUAACAAAGACAUUAUUGUUGAGUCAGUGAAAGUGUUUGUUUACGUUUCCUUUUUAACGUGGGGUUGGGGCUAAACAUAUUGUUUCAUUCAAGAGCCAUAUGGAAUAAAUCCAGAAAUGUGUGUUAACUAACAUCAACCGUGCAGAUCAUGAAUAUGUAAAUAUUAUGUUCAUAAUGUAUUUGUAAAUAUUCAUAACAAAAAGUGGUCAUGAUGUCCCAGUGUAGAAUUUGUACACCGUUAAACAUUUGAUGUACAUAAAAAAAUGCUUAUAUUUAUUUUAGAAUCAUUACACUGUGAAUGGUACUUUACUUGAAGCCUGAAGUUUUGGUCUGACAAGCCUUUUUGUGUUGUAAAUGUGUCAUACAUACACAAAAUACAAGUUAACUGUGUUAAUUGUGUUCGCUGCCUUUGGUUUUCCAGAAUGAUUCAAUAUUGAGAUGCUUUAGUAGUUUCAAAAUAGUCACCUUUCACAUAGAUGUAUCUAUCUAUUAUAUUCCAUCAGAUUUUUAGCACUAAUUUGAGAAUUAAAUGUUUCCAGAAUUACAUUUCUUUAACCUUUUAGAUAAUAAGGGCACUACCAAUGGCCAUUACAUUAGCAGGAUGACAGCCUGUUGAAUAACACAAACGUUCUGUAAUUCCUGACAGAAGCAUGGGAGGUAUGAUGUAUUUAUUCAUGAAAUUGUAUGAUUGUAAAUACACAAAUCACACAGGUGUUUUAUAUUUCCGGACUAUGUUGAUUUAUUGUGUUUAAUUAUAUGGACUCAGACGACUGAUUUUUAGUGUGAGCUUGUUUUUGUCUCAAAGAAAGAAAAAGGAGCACUCUG